CAUAUGUCUAUUUUAUUAUAGAACUUUAAGAACAGAGUAUUUAAAGUGUUUAUUAUUAAAUAACUCACUUUAUCUUUGCUUUUGAGUUUGAUUGUUGAUUGAAAAUCAAGUUGGUACUGUAAAAUUGUCGCAUCCUUUACAUUUGCCGUCUGUCUUAAUAUGUGACACUGGUAGAAACUAUUCGCUCCUUUGGCGGCGGAAGUGAAGGAACACAGAAGGAGAAACGAAACUUUGCUUUAGUGACUCAAUUUCCUUUCAUGGUGGAGACAUCUCUCAGGGCUGUGAGUUCCUCUUUAAAUACUGCUCACAACCGCUUGGACAAACUCCUUAGCUUGUUUGUUGACUCAUUGACAUUUGUUUAUGAAGUAGCUAAAACUUGUUAACUGUGUAUAAAGUAGCUAGUUCACAUUAUUCAAAAUAAUGGUUCAUAAAGUACUUCAAACCAGCUAAAAGUAGCAAACCGGUUCAAAUAUGUGUCAUUAAGUGAAGUGUCAGUAAGUAAGAGAGGUUUUUAACUGAUCAAUGAACCUGCCGCUGGCAUCCACAGAACGAGCCGUGGCCGUGGGAGAGAAAUGAUAAACAUGUGACUGAACAUGAGCUGCAGUGUAUCUCUGUAGUGUUCUAUAUUUAACCCCAGCAGGCCUGCGCAGGCUCUCUCGCACAUACUCUACAUAAACCAGCCGAGACACGACGGGCAGGAUGGAGACAGUGAAGCAGUCAAAUGAGUGAAGAGCCGCCUGGCUUCGAGAGGAAUAUGCAGGGAGGACGUGCGCAAGAAACACAGGAGGAGGCUCUGUCACGACCCUCAGUGGCUGAACUUGCCGGAAGGUUCAAAGGUUCAUCAUCUCCUACACAAGAUGCUGCUGUCAGAGAAACGGAAAGGCCUGUGAGACGUCGACCUCCUCGCUCCUUGCAACUGCCCAAAAUCCAUGGAGACGAAAGGGAGAUGUCUGCAGGUGUCACCUCUCCAGUAAAAGUCAAGAGGAACUCAGCUCUGAUUGAGAAGCUUCAGGCCAACCUUGCUCUGUCCCCCUCAGCCCUGCUGCCCUCUCCCAAGAGCCCCGGCUUCAGGCUGCUACCGCUCUUCAGCCCACCGCCCUCCCCCAGCCCCACGGCGGGCACCCCUUUAUCCACAUUGAGCCCUUCCAGCCCCGUCUCCACAUGUUUGCUGGUGACUGAGGAGGAGGGGCCGACCUCAUUUGAAGCCCCUCCCACAGCAAUGGAGGGAUCUCUCCUGACGAACAUCAACAAGGGUCGAGCUCGCCACUCCCUCAGGCGACGCCCUCCGUCCCGUCGCCACAGAAAGUCCAGCAGUGGUGACGAAGUGGGCGUGGCCACAGAGCAGACAGACACACCCUCAAGCCAACUGGACCAUGAAACAACAGAGCGGGACGGAGAAGGAAGACUCUUCAACAAUAAAAAUGGAGACCAUGUAGAGGAAAGCAAAUCCGAUGAAACCAAACCAAACUAUGACGUCACUCUCCAAAGAGAAGAUGAAGACAAGGAGGAGGAGGGUGGAGAAGACCAGAAGAGUGAUGGAGUCGGAGAGGAGGAAGGAAACAAGGAGAAAAGCUCAGGAGACGAUCAAAACAAUCCAAAAGAACAAAAAAGCAAUGGUUCCACGUGUCAGAGUUGAAGUCCAGGUCCAAGACUCGAAUCCAAUGUGGUCACUCAAAGAGUGCAGAAACAAACUUUUUAUUUCUUUUUUUUUUUUCUAUGUAGAAUCGCUGCUGGCUGUCGCAAAGAUGGCAGAAACUCUUACGUUGGAAUCCGCUGUAUGUGUUUGAUUUUUAGGAAUCAUGAAGGUAUUUUUCACAGGCUACUAAUGAAAUUCAAGUGCUGAUCCUUUUCCCCAUGUCUGUUAGAGAAAACAAUGUUUUUUAUCGUAUAAAACUACCAAAUUUACUGUAGAACAUGAUGAUUUAGUUUCCUUACAGCAUUCCUCAAAACAUCGCUCAAGGAUCUGGAAAUCAAACUCGCCAUAUUUUUAUUACGAACUAAGGGAGGCAGACUCAAAGUCAAACAAAAAAAAUAGCAGAACCACUAAAGUCCAUUCUAAAUUUGAACAAGGUCGUACAGUAGUUUUAUGCUAACUAUGCCAAAUAUUAGUAAUUAGACCAAAAAGAAAUGUGAUGACCGACCGGGAAGUUGAAGUUACCACAAAAGUGGUGAAGUGGUCCAUGCUCUUUUGUCCUGGCUACUGUGUGCAAUAUGGCUACGAGUCAACAAAGAAGAAGGGAAUAUACUCCAGAAAGAGCAGACGAAUUAUUCCCAACCUGUCACCACGGGUCAUUUUUUUAGGAGCUGUCAUCAGCUUCUUUUACAUAAAGAUUUGGCUAAAUUGGCACAUCUGCUUUAACAGUAGAGCUGGCAUUUACUUACCAGUGUCUUUUAUACAGAACCAAGCAAAGUGGGACACUGCAACUUGCAAGUGCAUUUUCAACACAAGGUUUCAACAUCUGACCCGUCCCGAUAUUGCAGAAUACCCGUACACACUAGCAGUGCACCGCCUCUCUUACAUAUUGGAUUUGGCAUCAGAAGGUAGAAAAUUGCCAGAUCAACUUGAUCUCCUCCAUUCCUUGACUGUGCCACUUAUACUGAACAUCAACGUGGCUCUGUAGACACAUUACAGGCAAGGGCAUUCAGAAGCAGUGAUGCCAGACUUGUUCCAUUGACGAGAAGGUCUCUCUAAAAUUGGCACCCCUCCACACGAUUGGGUCACCCUUAAUCCCGACCGAGGUUUACUUAAGGAAGCAACCAAAAGGCAAACAUGGUUCCUUUCGCUCUUUCUUUUCAUGGGUUUAAUCCCAUUACAUCGCCGCCAUCAGUGUGAUUCCGAGAGGAGAAAUUAAGCACUUUGAUCCUCUGAUGAACUCUCAUUCAGAGAAACUGCAACCACAAAUAAACACGCAUGGAACAUUCACCUUCCCAGUUGGGAGACGGAAGGCACGCUGUGAAAAUGUUUGGGGAAGAGAAGGUCAUCGCUUCACCAUGACCUAUUUCAAAGUGAACACAAUGGUCCUUGGAUAAACUUUUUUUCGUUGGUAAUCCCAGGUCAUGACCAUCCAGACAGAUAGACAGAUCCGGAUCACAACACGGCUAACCUGACUGGCUGUUACAUGUAAUCUAAUUCCGACAUCUUAGAGAAAAUAGCAAGGUUUCUCAUUGCCUGGAAAAGACAAUUUUUUCCACCACUUUAACGUGUUGUUCUGUACAAACAAUGCAACACGGAACAAGGGGGGAACCGAGUCGAGCUGGCAAAUUUUCCACUUUUGGAGUUUGUACCAAAGCCGUAACAGAGACAGGAUGACGGCUAGUAUAAAACACUUGUAAAAGGUGGAGUCAAUUGGAAGUGGAGUCAAUUGACGACAGCUUGUCACAGUCUAAGCCAGUGAUCGCUCACUACCAUCUUUGUUUACACAUUUUGCCUGGCUAUCACUUUCGUCUCUCUCUGGUGGCAGCCAGCUAGCUAGAGCUAUCCGCCUAGCCUCUGGUCCAGGGACUUUUUAAGUGUCUCUUAACAAGCUUGUUCUCUGCUCUUGCUCACUCCGCUCUGAUUUUGAGUGGCUCACCAAAGAAUAUUUGCUUCAACUCAGAGUAUUUUUUCUAACUGUGCAAAUGAGGUAGAUUGCCAACCGCCAUUAACUCCUAAAGACGAAGAAAGGAGACAAAAACUAAAGAAGGUGGGCUGAUGUGUAUGGAAAGAGGGCAGUAUUGGAGCUAAUAGGGUUUAUCAGUAAUACAGUGAAAAUGAGAGGAAAUGUGAACAUUUACUUUGAAAGUCGAUUUCGGUGUGCGCCCCUAAAUAUUCUGCUUGCGCGCCUAAAAUUUUAAGUUAGUGCUCCUAUUAAAAAAAUUUGUCUGGAUCCAUGCUCUUGUCCCGGCAUUGUGGAAUUCCCUUCCACAAAACCAUAUCGUACUGCCUGCUAUGCCUCGGCUACUACCUUCAGAGCCGUUCCCACCACUGUCUUGUGUCAUUUUCAACAGGGUGGCGGAAGUGUGAUUACAGACCAAGGGUACCCUAGUGGUAUGCAAGCAAAUUGCAGGGGGUAUGUGGAAACAUUUAAUAAAUUACUUCAAAGAUGGUAAGUAAAUGUUCUCAGUCAUUUCGUAUUAAGCCAGACGAUAAAAUGAAACGUCUGCACUAGAACUAGUGUGCCUAGGGCAGUGCUUCUCAAAUAGUGGAGCCGCCCGGCUGCGGGGGCGCAGUGGACUGUCGCGAGGCAGGGAGGACUUUCAAUAUUAGUGCAGACCUGCCAACAUGUAUGAAUUUGUCGUACUUUGCAUGCAAUUUGACUCUUGAAAACGCUUUUAUGCUUCACUGCUCUCCAUUUUGGCGCAUUUCUCUGGUUUCAAUUUUAAGUUCAUAUACAGUACAGAUUAAUAAAUAGAUAACUGUUUCUCAAUAGUAUUUCAAAUUGCCCUUCUGUGUCAAUGCUGUUCAAACAGAACAUGGAAGCAACAUGGGAAAAAAUGGGAGCACCCUGGCUUUUAUUCGCACUGUGUAAUAGGGGCUUUGGUCUUCGAAGGCAGUAUCCACUGGGGGGGUGGUAACGUUUUGGAUUUGUGGAUGACUGUGACCUGGAUGACUGAGAUUCCAUGGUGUGUGGUGUG